UCUUGGUGCCACUUGAGGUCGCUGUCAAAUUUUCAGCUAACAUUAUAGAACCUUCUCGCUCUCCGUUGAAAAUGUUGGACGAACUUGACCGUUCCCAGGGUGAAUUAUGUCAAAGAUGGGGGCACGCUUUGCACGGCUGUUUAAGAACUUUAAUAUAGAAAACCGCGCACAUCGUGAAAUUGGGAAGGCAAAACCUCAAACUGCACCUCGACAUCCGACCCACAUUGAUCCUAUUCACAGCACACAGGUUCCUGAGAUCUCUGAUGCUAUCCACAAGAAAAACGACCCCCUAUUGGUGUUUUUGAAAUCCGUGUAUGUGGAAUCAAAGGAUCCUACUCUAAAGCAGGCUUCAAAAGAGGUGACUGAGGAGGAAGAAGUGCGCAGACCACUCGUGUACAGCCUGCCUGAGGACCCUUAUGGUAUUGUUGAGAUCACUGAUGUUCCUAAAGGCAAACUGUCUAUUGUUGAGGCCCUCAAAGCUCUCAGCAAUCACAAGAAUGCUCCCCAAACAUGGACAGUGGACAAGGUUGCCCAGGAGUACUCUCUUGACUUAAAAGACACUAAAGCACUUCUAGAGCAUUUCAUCCCCUUUGAGGUUAAGGUUAUACCCCCCAAGACACAGGAUGCAAAGCAGAUCAAAGACACCUAGGAGAAGACUACCGCCAUCAACCCAGCGUCUAUGGAUUGUCUAUUUGUAAAUGGAAUUGAAGGUUGUCUGCCCUCCAAAGUUUGUCAUGGAUUAAAACAUGUCAGAAUUAUCCUCAUCUUAAUGAAACUGCUUGGGUUUUUAUUUUACAUAAGGUCGCAAAAGGCGGAUGCAUGAGAAUAGAACCCCUCUACUGUUGGUUUCGGAACAAGAAGUGCUACUGCCGCUCUCAGAAAGCUAGAACCAUUCAGGAACGUGGGGUCAUACACAAUAUUUUCCCCCAGAUUAGUCAAUGAGAAUCACGCUUGUUGACCUUGACCAAAUGAAGCAUACUGUAUGCAACAUUUUUACAUACUGUAAUGUAAUUAGGGAAAAGCCUGGACUUUCCAGGCAUUUUAAUCCAGUACUAUAAAAUAGAAAGGCUUGCUGCAUUAUAGAGGUGGAGUCAUCACUGUCAAUGUUGGAACAAUCUUUUCUCUGUAUUUUUGACAAUCUAUAAACCUUAGUACAUAUUUAAUCGUCUGUAUUAACAAGUUAAUUUAUCUGUCAUUUAAUGGUGUGAUUUAUAGCUAUCAUAAUUGGCUUUUACCUUUGUGUAUAGUCAAUGUUACAUGUUCACACGUGAUUGUAAUAAGUGGAUUUAAAUGUUAUUAAAUUGGUUGAUAUUUCCCAAA